UCGCCGAAAAUUAUCUUGAGAUGGUUGUGUUAUUGCAAAUAAUUAAUACUAUGUUAUUCUACGACAAUAUGUUAAAACUUUUUAUCAUGGAUGAUGAAAUUACAUGAGCAGCCAUUUUGACGACGUUGCUUUCAGUGGCCUCGUACCAGUGACGUGUAAUUUUUUGAGAUCUUAUUUUCUUUCCAUUUAUUCUUCUUGCUUAUAGCAAAACAUUUCAGUGAUGCAAGAUGGAGCACACUCAGAUACAGAAUGCUGAGGGAGCUCAGGUGGUGACGAUUAAUGGCCAACAGCUUCAAGUGGUCCAGAUGAACAACCCCCAACAUAUUGUGCAGGGCCCCAAUGGUCAACAGAUUGUUGUCCAUGCAAUACCAGCUGCAGGUCCUGCUAUACAGAUUGGCACCCCGCAAAUCCAGGUAGUGGCAACUCCAAAUGGACAACAGUUGCAGCAGCUACAAAUUGUGCCCAUAUCCAGUCUUCAAGGUGCAAGUAGCAGUGUACAGCCCAUGCAGCUGGUGCAGACGCCGGACGGCCAGACCUACAUCUAUCAGCCCACGGCCAACGCUCAGCCCACGAUAGACCAGCACCAGAUCAUACACCAACCAGCUGUGAUAAAUCUCAACGGAAACUUGGUGCAAGUGGCCAACACUGCUGUGCAGCCGCAGCAGAUUGUCAACCAACCAAAUAUUGUCAUGAUGGUGAACGGGUCGAACGGCGGCGGAGCGACGUCGGCGGAGCCCGCGGCGGGCGCAGGCGCGGGCGCAGGCGCGGGCUCCGACGAGGAGCCGCUGCUGUACGUGAACGCGCGCCAGUACAAGCGGAUCCUCAAGCGCCGCGCCGCGCGCGCGCGACUGCAUGAGCUGGGGAAGAUUCCCAAGGAGAGGCCGAAAUAUCUGCACGAGUCCCGACACAGACACGCCAUGAACAGGAUACGAGGCGAAGGCGGCAGGUUCCACUCGGGUAGUAGAAAGAAUGGAGGAGACAAUGAAGAACAGUCAUCGGAAGAUAUCAAAACUCUAGAAGAUAUGAAGCCUGACACAGUGUCCAUCACUAUCAUACACGAAGAAGAAACCCAAGAGCGGCAACCGAAUCAGUGGCGACGACUCGCGCCGCAUCAACCUCUGCAGUCCACUUAGCAGAUCAAGGAGGAGGUGGAAGAUUGUGAUGACUAGUGAUGUGUGGACAGACUGUGAUCUGAUGUGAAUGUGAAAAUUGUGCCGGCAACAUUGAACUAUUAGUUUUUUACGACUGUAAAUGAGUUUUGGAACAUGGAAAUACAGUUGGGAAAAGAAACUUAGAUCUUAAUAGUACAAUGGGUUGUAGGAGUGACAGACAUUUCCAAUAUGAAAAAAAAUGAAAAAGCAUCUUCAAUAUAGAAUUUUCAGAAAGUCCAGAUAAGGUUGAUUGUUGAGUCCCAUGAGUGACUUAUAUGUAUAGGUUGUUUUUUGUAGAUUUGCCCAUCGACUGGCAAAGAAGAUUAUUUUGAGUUAUAUGUAUGAUCACUUCAAAAGCAAAAAUAUUUUUAAAAUGAUUAUACAAUAUGACUCACUUUGUUUGUUUGAGACAUUAAAUCACUUUAGAGUUUUUAGUUUUAUACUACUAUUUCAAUUGGAACUAAAUUUAUAAUCAGUAUUACUAUAUUUUCGGAAGUUACUAUCCAUUUAUGCCAUUUGUUAAAAUUCAAACUUUUAUAUUUGUGAUUUCCCUUCAUAAUUUUAUUUUGAAAAUUUUUGUUUGAGGCUAAAUAAAUCCAUUAUCAGAAAUUAAAAACAAUUUCUGUUUAUAUAAAAUUUAUAAAUACAUAGUAAUUAUUCAUUAUGAAGUUUGACAAUAUUUGAAUAAAAACAGUUAAUAUAAUCAAAGGCUAACUGGGUUUAUUAUGUGCUAACUUGGCACAAUAGCAAUCUAAUUAUAUUAUUACUUAUAUAACCGUUGAAGUUGUCAUCAUGACCAAAAUUGGUCAGACAUUAUCAUCAUCACUUAUAUAAUUUUAUAUUUUGUUAUGGUGUAAAUAGAAAGCCAGUUACUGCCAGAACUGAUUUCUAUGUAUUGUUGUAUUUAUGGAACCGAUGUCGCUGGGGAUUAUAUGCCUCAAUUGCACCAAUCAUCUUUGAUGUUAACUUUAACCUGCGCGCCGCCGAUUAGAUAAAAUGGCGAACUUUGCAUUGUGCGCAGGUUAAAAUUAACUUUAAAGUUGAUUGGUAUAACUGAGGCUAAGUGUCGCGACUAUCAAAGCUUAUACACAGGACUGACUCACACAAUGUCCACUUCUCAAUUUUUUUUGAAUAAGCGUAGAACGUGUAUGCGGGCGGACAUGUCAGGCGCAACUUGUAAAUCGGUUUUAUGGUAUUGUAAUAUCUUUAUAGAGAAUGUCAAUAACGGUGGCGUCAAUAGCCUGUGCAAAGGCUAUCUUUUGAAUAUAAUGUCAAUGUUUACAUUAUUUUAAUGUUGCAUUAGUUUGCACUGUACCUAUAUGAGAAAAAUAAUUUUGUGACCAAAGGAUUUUAAUUGAUUUGGCAAAUGCUGUUUGUAAAUAUAAUAUUUAAGGACUGAUUAAUAACCAGUACAAAAUAAAAAGAAUGCACACAC